UUUAUUAUUAUUAUUAUUAUUAUUAUUAUUAUUAUUAUUGUUAUUAAUAUUAUUAUUAUUAUUAUUAUCAUCAUCAUCAUCAUCAUCAUCAUCAUCAUCAUCAUCAUCAUCAAUGUAUUUCUCGACCAAACAACUAGAGGGAUUUUAUAGAAACAAUGAAAGAUAAAUUUCUAAUAGAUUACGAAACCCAGGGUAGCUGCGGCAGUCGUCUUUGAGUCUUUAACGCUGGAAAUUUUUGUAGAAAAGACAGAUUAAUGCAGUUUUUACCAACGAGCAGAGGUUAGUCAGGAGUUUCUCUUCCUUCCUGCCAUUUUUCAGGUUGUGUGUACCAACCGGGAACAUGGUCGUCAAACUGCUCUACAACCAGUGAAAGUGCAUUAUUUUGUUAUUGUCGAGUUUGUGUAUAUCAAAACAAAGUACCUUAUAAAAUGAAAGGUAGCGAUUCAAUAAAGUGCAAAUAAAUGGCCCCGCACUCGACAACCUCGUCCGCAGGGGUGUUCCAUCAUAAAUUGGGAGAGGCUGCCUACCGGAAAUAAGGUUGCGCAUCAGUUCUGACCGUUCUGACGUUUAUCUUCCUCUUUCCUAACGUACUCUCAUAGAGUAGAGGAGUGUGUCUUAUACGAAGAAAUGAAGAAUUUUUGUGAAUACACUUUCUGUUCAUGCAAAACACUGUAAAAAAAAUAUUUCUUCCCUUUUUGCUCGCUGAUGCUCUUCCCUACCUGAUGUCCGCCGUAUUUGUAGGACAAUAAAGGAGAGUUUGGCAGGAUCAGAUUUCCGCAAGAAUUCUUAAAAAAGCUGUCGAUUCCGUCACGUCACGGGCAGUUGUCUUCAAAUCGAGUAUUUCUGUAAGAACCUCGCUUGAGAUUGACGAAAAGGUGAGUAUUAUGUCUAAGCGGAACAGGAUGUAAAAUAAGAACACCUGGUUAUGCACUUGUCUAACAAAGUUAUUUGUUUCCUGGUCAACAGGAAAGGCUUGCCGCAAAACGCUUGUGUGCAUAAAGCCCCAGUCUUUAACAUUCAACAAGUCUUUUAUCCUGCACAUGUGCGGCCUUAAUUGUGUGUAACUGUUUCUGCAAUUAGCAGGGUAGUUUCCUUGCGAAAUGCGGUAGCGUUUCCAUAACUUUUCAUGAUGAAUGGUAGAUAUCGAGGUUCCUCACGGUGGGCAUAUGUGAAAUCAAAAACGCUCACCUUCACUCAUCUUUUUUAGUUUCAACGCAAUUCACUUGAAAUCUUGCAACAAUAUAGAACUCACCAUUCCAAUAAAAAACCGCAUGCUUUUUGUUUUUCAGAUUUUGGCAUUUUGGCGGGAAAAGAUGUCACAAAGUUUCCGCCAAAUUUUGUUUUCAAUAUUAUGGGAUAUCUAAUGAUGGUUUCUGAAAGAAGUCACCAUAAGGAUGUCAAAAGUGAAAAAAAAAAUUGAAAUAGGCCUAACCACUCAAAAGAUAUUAGCGUUUUGAAAGUUCAAUUUUCCGCCAUUUUGUUACUAAAAAUAGAACAAAAUGGCGAAACAUUCAAGUGGUAGUCUUUUUACGUUAUGCUCUUUUCCCCACUUAAAAGUUCCAUGUUGCCUUCCACGUUAAUGCUACAUUUACAUUGCCCACUAAAAUGUUCCUUCGUCUCCCAAAAAGUCAUUAAGGCUCGUUUUAUCACUUCUAAACGUCUUAAGAGGGUUGUUAAAGGCUAACGAAAAUGUACACAAGUGCAUUGACAACAAUUUAUAUAAGCUAAGAAUUUUGAUACAGCAACAAAUGGUCCUCUACAUGGCUGUAUUGAAGUGAAUUUUUGUUUGUUUGUCUGUUUGUUUGAAUUUCGAGCUUAAAUCGUCAUUUUCUCUUUAAAAUGUUUUAAUAUUUGUUGUCUCUGAGAUAAAAAAAAUUCCGGGAAAAUGCUACACCGCUAAAAUGCUCUAAUAAUGCAUUGAUAAAUGUGGCUGUAAAUGGUAGGUAUGUACAUGAAGUAUUUAAUUUCAGUGGUUUAUUCAAAAUUCCAUAUUUUCGUCGGAGUGUUCCGGGUGCUCUGGCAUUAAGCACACAAGGUCUUGUUGAUCUCCCUUAUUAUUUGUUAUUUUAACAAUUUUCAAUUGUGGUCACUUUCUUAACCGUUGCAAGAGCCGUCUCCUUCUAAAUUUCAUUUAAAUUGGUGGUGCGAUAGUUGGUUAAAUCGCUUUUGUUUUUAUUGUUUUCCUCAUAUGUCAUUGCAGUUGCUGCUUUGGUAAUGUUGUUACUUUUUGGGGCUGUUAUUGCGGUGGUCGCUGUUGUAUGAGACAGCCUGUGAUGGUUUUUGUUGUUGUUGUUGUUGUUGUUGUUGUUGUUGACAGCUGAUGAUGGCUGCACUUGGGAAGAGCAUUUAAACAAGUCUCUAACAGCUUUGCGCAUAUUUCUAGAACGACCGAAGUUUAACAAGGGAUUUAAAACUCCAUUUAACUGGAUAAAAACAGUGUAGAAAGGCCUAAAACGCAGAGAAUUCUUAUAGAGUCCUUUCGCAGACAAAACAAAUGGGACAAGAAGCGCUGGGACGUAGGUCAAUACCAAAAUUAAAAGAAUCCCAGCAACUGUGUUAGUUAAUCGUUUCUUGCUUUUCAAAAGAGCGUCGUUUGGAUUUCCUACUUCAACAGUUUUUCGAAAAUAAAUGCGAAGAUCAGAACAUUAUGAUAAUUACGUAAAUAGCGAAAAGAGGUAGAACUAAAGUUUGUGCCAAAAGUUUGUAAACGCCCCCAAAAGUUCCUGACAAGAAGAUCGCAACUGCACUAACCACACUGGUGCACCGCGGUAUGCAUACUUCCUUAAAAGCAGGUGAUUUUUUCACGUGAUUGCGAUACCACCAAGGACUUCGUACUGCCAAAUAGCGAUCUCUACUGAUAACUGCCAGGUUGCCGAGCGUUGCUUGGAUGCAAAGAGCACUUGUGGCAGUUAGAACAGGUCUAGGGUGCACGUUUGGACACGUGCAGCGUUCGUAUGUGAAUAGUUCUAUGAUUUUGUGCAUAAUAUACAAAGGCAAUAUUGCGUCAGUCACUGCCAAACUGCUUAUCAUAACCAUCGCGGGAUAUUGAAGGGAUUUGGUUCGUGCAACAGCUAUGAUAACAAGCGCAUUUAAGACAAAUGACGAAAAAGCCAGAAUAAAACUCAGAGGACGGAAAACGUAUUUGCCAAUGUUCAGUAAAUGGAGUUGAGUAUCGAUUGAAAGGUCAGCAAUCAGGCAAUCUUGGUAGAGAAACUGGCUAGAGUUGUGCGCAGUCAUCGUUCAAACCUGAAAUUUGAAAAAAAAAAACGAUUCCACUAAUUCCGAGUGUAUUUUUGGGUAACCUUGGUUCGUUAAGGGACACCCGCGCGAUACUGAGCGAUUUUCUUUUAUGAAUUAAAACGUCAGUGCUCACAUUAGAUCUUUGUUUAGAGUAAUAACUGAUAAUAUUUGACACUUCGUUUAAGAAAAAUUUAUUAAUACUGAGUCAUUUUUACACCUUUUGCAAUACCUGCGAGAAACUAGCAUACAAUUUAGUGACAGUCUUGCACUAUGUUACCUUCAAAAACUCAUGCUGAAAAUUUCGAUUAACCGAAGAUGAGACCUGCGGCAACACUAAAGUAAAUUUUCUUAAAUCAUGUGAAAGGAAGUAGAAACAAAAUGAAAUAAAAUAAAAUAAAAACUUGUUGCAGCAGACACAAAAAGAAGUACUCUCGCUUUAUUCCACGCUUUGCUCAUUUGCGUGACCGUGACAAGAACACUAGGAAAAAAACUGACGAUAAGUAAAGCAAGAGACCAUGUUUUUUACCUUAAGCUUGGAUACAAGUUUUCUCAUAAAGUCCUUCUGAUCAGUUGAUGUUAAUAAAUCUUGACUGUCACAGUUAAAGCUUGACAGAAUAAAUAAUAUCAAACUGAGAAGAACUGUUUCAGCACUACUAAGGACCGUGGUUGUCGACUAUCCCAAAGUUAAUUGUCACUUUCCAAUAAUUGAAAGUGAUUUUAGUUAAGUAUAGUCCUUGACUAUCAUGAUGAAUUAAGAGAUCUCAGUUAAUAAGAAGGAAAUUAGAAUAAAAAUGAGAUACAAUGGGAGUGAUUAACAUAAAAAAAGGCCCACUCAAACUGUAACCACUCUACAAAUUUUCUCAUUUUCCUUCUCAAUUUCAAUUGCAGCAAAACAAAAUUGUUCACCCACAGCUGACGCACCGUAAUUGCUUUCAGAAAGGCGAGUUUCCGUUUCGUGUCAAUGGGACGACAUAUUUCUUUCCUUUCAACUGUAACCAUCUUCCGUAGUUUAAUAAUUUGUUAAAGCGUUAUAAUGGCUCCAAAGAAUUCAAUGGUUUGUCAUUCUCUAAGGACAUCCGAAAACUAGGAAUUGAAGAAAAGUAUAUUGAGUCCUCUUCAUGUAAUUUCGUUAUUUAAUUGGUUUUAACAUUUAUUCUUCAACUUAACAUCCAACUGUAUGUUUCCAUUCCAAGUAUUUUAGGAUAUAAAGACUGAUAACCAUCGAGAGAUAUCGAAGACAUCUGGUUCGUGCCACAGCAAUGAUAAUUUAAUAACAGGCAAGUUGAAAACAAGUGACAAAAAGGCCAGAAUAAAACUCAGCGGACAGAAAACUUAGUAGGCAAUGUUAAGUAUCUUGUGUUGAACAUCACUUGGAGGGUGAGCAAUGAGGCACACUUUGGAGGGAACUGGCCGGAGGUGUUCAGCCAAGGUUCUUUCCUGAAAUGUAAGAUGAACGUGCUUGCAACUCCCGAACGUAUAUGGUGGGUAAACUUUGUUCAUUAAAGGACCCGCGAUAUGGACACUGAAAAUUUCUUUGGUGAAUUAGAACGUCCUGUUUUCAGUAAGAUCUUUGUUUAGAGGUAUAAUUGAUAAUUAACAAUUAUUCCUCGAGCCCGAAUGGGCUCUGAGUCAAUAGCCCAUGAGGCCAAAGGCCGAAUGGCCUAUUGACUCAGAGGCCAUGAGGGCGAGAGGAAUAAUUGUUUUGGUAAAAUCCAACUAGUUUGUCAAAAAUAUCGAUAAUAAAAAAAAAUUAGCUAGUUAAAGCUAGACUUUAUUCCUUUUUUGCCGCCAAAAAGCCCGCGCUUUUCGCUACUAGUAGUAGCUCAACCAAUCAGAACGCAGCAUUGAUAAGAGACCACUAGUUGGAUUUUACUAAUAAUAUUCGAACUUUAUUUGAGAAGAAAAUUAAUACUAAGUCAUUUAAUUUUUUUUCUUUAAUACCACUUUUAAAAGUUGAAAAUUUAAGCGAAGAUGAAAACUGACGGCAACACUAACAAUAGGUCAUAACACGGCAAUAGUCAUAAUUAAAACCUUAAAGCACUGAAAGCGCUUGAGGAAACAAAGCUGACAAGAGAAGUGUAUAAAUGCAUACAAACCAGAGGCAUAAUUAUGCUUCUGUACAAACUCAAUAUACGUUUACUUAGCUUCCUUCGCAACUGAAACAAAGUAGUAAAGGAUCGUCGAUAACGACUUUUUCCAGAAUGAUAACAAGUACGUAAACCGCGAUAAAUAUUUUUCUUAAGCGGAGAACCCCAUAUUUUAGUCGUGGUGUUAUUAAACGAUGCUCAGACUUUAAUCUUGUUCUUGAUCUCAACUAUUACAUGAUUGAAGUAUGAGCAUGGUUUAAUAACACCACGACUAAAAUAUGGCGUUCUCCGCUAAAGGAGAGGUUGUCUAAAUUUCAGUUUUAGCGAUGCAAUAGUUGAUAAAACAACUGCUGUUUUUGUUCUUCUCAUAUGUCACUGCAAUUUUUGCGUCAGUGAUGUUGCCAGCUUUUGUGGGCUAUUGCGGUGGUCGCCGUUGUUGAUGUUGUUGUUGUUGCUGUUGCUGUUGUUGUAGCUUUUGUUGACAUAAGGUGA